AUGACCGCUGCCGGUAAAAAGCGUCACCCGUCUCUGUUGGCACGCUGCUCUCACAAUAAAACACAGGGGAGGUCCUACGUGUUCGACCAGGUGUUCCCCACCAACGCCACCCAGGAGCAGGUCUACAACACCUGUGCCAAGCAAAUUGUCAAAGAUGUUCUGGGUGGCUACAACGGCACCAUCUUUGCCUAUGGCCAGACUUCGUCUGGAAAGACACACACGAUGGAGGGAAAGCUCCACGACCCCCAAGGAAUGGGCAUCAUUCCCCGGAUUGCCGAAGACAUCUUCCAUUACAUAUUUGCCAUGGAGGAGAACCUCGAGUUCCACAUCAAGGUAUCCUACUUUGAGAUCUACAUGGAUAAAAUCCGUGACCUGCUGGACGUGACAAAAACCAACCUGUCCGUGCAUGAAGACAAACACAGAGUUCCUUACGUGAAGGGAUGCACAGAGCGCUUUGUCACAAGUCCCGACGAGGUGAUGGACGUGAUAGACGAGGGGAAGGUGAAUCGCCACGUCGCCGUCACCAACAUGAACGAGCACAGUUCCCGCAGUCACAGCAUCUUCCUGAUCAGCAUCAAACAGGAGAACGUAGAGACCGAGCUCCAGCUGAGCGGGAAGCUUUACCUGGUGGACCUGGCCGGGAGUGAAAAGGUCAGCAAGACGGGGGCAGAGGGAACUGUCCUGGAUGAAGCCAAGAACAUCAACAGGUCCUUGUCGGCCCUCGGCAACGUCAUCUCAGCUUUGGCCGAAGGAACGAAGCCUCAUGUGCCGUACCGUGACAGCAAAAUGACGCGCAUCUUACAGGACUCACUAGGGGGGAACUGUCGCACCACCAUGUUUAUCUGCUGCUCUCCCUCCAGCUACAAUGACACAGAGACCAGGUCCACGCUCAUGUUCGGCCAAAGGGCAAAGACCAUCCGAAACACUGUGACGGUGAACCUUGAGCUGACGGCCGAACAGUGGAAGAGGAAGUACGAAAAGGAGAAGGAGAAGAACAGGUUGCUGAAGGAGACCGUGCAGAGGCUGGAGGCUGAGCUUGGCUGCUGGAGGAAUGGCGAGAUUUCCACCUUGUUGGAUCAUGACGAUCAAAGGUCAGAGGAAGAAGAAGACUUUCUGCUACCGCCGCCACCUGACUGUGAGGAGCCGGCGCUGGAUAUCUGCAGCCCUUGCUCCUUCGCCUCCUCCAUCGUGGUGCAUAUCUCAGAGGAAGAGCGUCACAAGUACGAGGAGGAGAUCCGGAAGCUUUACAAACAGCUGGAUGACAAGGAUGCUGAGAUAGACUACCAGAGCCAGAUGGUGGAGAAGCUGAAGGAGCAGAUGCUGAAGCAAGAGGAGUUCCUGGCAUCUUCCAAGGGCGAUGGCGAGCGGGUGCAGUCGGAGCUCGGCAGGCUGCAGUCGGAGAACGAGUGCGUCAAGACGGAGGUGAAGGAGGUGCUCCAGGCCCUGGAGGAGCUGGCGGUCAACUACGACCAGAAGAGCCUUGAGGUGGAAGAGAAGAGCAUGCAGAACAAGCUGUUGGCUGAGGAGCUGGCCAAGAAAAUGGCUCGCCUCAUGGCGUUGGAGGUGGAGCUCUCUCGCCUUCAGGAGGCAAGCCGCCAGCAGAGAAAACGCAUUGCAGAGGUCCUCAAUGGGCUGAUGAGGGACCUAAGCGAGUUCAGCACCAUCGUGGGCAACAGGGACAUCAAACUGUCCAUUGAGUUCUCGGGCGUCAUCGAGGAGGAGUUCACGGUUGCCAGGCUCUACAUCAGCAAGCUUAAGUCGGAGGUGAAGUCCAUGGUGAAGCGCUGCCGCCAGCUGGAGAACCUUCAGGCUGAGUGUCACCGCAAGAUGGAGGAGACGGGCCGAGAAAUGUCCUCCUGCCACCUCCUCAUUGCCCAGCACGAGGCCAAGAUCUGCUCGCUCAGCGAGUACACACACAACAUGGAGAGGAAGAGGAGACAGUUGGAGGAAAGCUACGACUCUCUGGCAGACCAGCUGGACAAAGUCCGAGUUGGAGAGACCUUUUCACAGUUGGCCAGGAGGGAGGAUCACUCAGUCCAGGAACCCUGUGACAUCCAGAAGGUUCUGGAGCAGCAGAUGGAGUCGCACCGCGCGGCGCACACCAAGCAGCUGGGCCGUCUACGCGACAAGAUCAAUGAGCAGCAGCGGCUCAUCCACGACUUAACAGACUGCAACCAGAAACAAGAGCUGGAACUGGACCAACUGCACGGAGACUUUGAGUGUCUCUUAAGCCGAGAGCAUCAAACGAGUCGACAGCUGGAGGAGCUGACAUUCCUCCACGAGCGACAUGAGCAGUCCAAGCAGGACCUGAAGGGACUUGAAGAGACGGUGGCUAGAGAGCUGCACACCCUACACAACCUGCGCAGGCUGUUUGUUCAAGACCUCACCACUCGAGUGAGAAAAAGUGCAGCGCUGGAGCCUGAUGAUGGUGGAGGAUACAUCAUCCAGAAGCAGAAGAUUUCGUUUCUGGAGAACAACCUGGACCAGCUAACCAAAGUCCACAAGCAGCUGGUACGUGACAAUGCAGACCUGCGCUGUGAGCUUCCUAAACUGGAGAAACGGCUUCGGUCUACGGCAGAGCGAGUCAAGGCGCUGGAGGGGGCACUGAAGGAAGCCAAAGAGGGAGCCAUGAAGGAUCGACACCACUACCAGCGAGAGGUGGAGCGCAUCAAAGACGUGAUGCGCGUGCAAAAUCCUUUUCGCCGCCCUUACGCUGCACACAUAGCCAAGGCUGUGCGUCCUGGCCACCAGUCGCCCACUCAUGCCAUCUUCAUCCGAGGCCACAGCCAUCGCCCUGUCGCCCUGACAGAUGUUCCUCACAACGACUCGCAAGCUCCACUCGCUGCUGCUGAUGCCACGGCUACAGAGUCAGAGAGCGACCACGCCGCUGUUGAAACCAACCAGAACCCGCCGGCCAAGCGCUUGGACCAUCAGAACAACGCUCAGAACUUGCCUCCUGCAAGCCAAACAGACACUGCAGAGACGCUCGAUUCAGAAAAUGGGAACACCACAGACGUCAACGACAACCGCACGUGUUUGAACGUCAACGCCAUGUCCACCACUGACAUCUGUGACAACCGCAACCCAAGCAAACACAGCAGCUUUCAGGCCAACGCCAGCUAGUAGAAAGCCUGCAAGAUGAUCGGCCAUCUGGUAGCUCCAUCCUCACCUGCUGUCAACCCACCUUCAACUUCUUUGGUGCGACUUCCUGUCCCCUGCUGCUCCCUCUUCUUCUUUUUCUUCUGCUUCUGUCACUUCCUUCAUGGGUGACGUGGCGAGGACUGCGAAACAGAUGUAGAUGUGGAGGUGACCACUGCACACUGUUUGUCAAAGCCUAGUAUGUUGUUAUUGAUAUUGAUGUUGCAGGUUGACCCAAAAAAAAAAACAGAACCCAUAAAAAUGGCAUAAAUCCUACAAACCUUAAAGGCUUACUGAAAUGAGAUUGUCUUAUUUAAACGGGGAUAGCAGGUCCAUUCUAUGUGUCAUACUUGAUCAUUUUGCGAUAUUGCCAUAUUUUUGCUGAAAGGAUUUAGUAGAGAACAUCCACGAUAAAGUUCGCAAAUGGAGAAAAGCCCUGCCUCUACCGGAUGUCGCAGACGAUGACGUCACAUGUUGAGGGCUCCUCAUAUAUUCACAUUGAUUUUAAUGGGAGCCUCCAACAAACACAGCUAUUCAGACCGAGAAAACGACAAUUUCCCCAUUCAUUUGAGCGAGGAUGAAAUAUUUGUGUUCGAGGAUAUUGACAGCGACGGACUAGAAAAAAAAAAAGUAAAAAAAAAAAAACGCGAUUGCUAUCGUGCUGCAUUGAGACGGGUUCAUAUGUUUUUAGAGACAUUUACUAGGAUAAUUCUGGGAAAUCCCUAUCUUUCUAUUGUGUUGCUAGUGUUUUAGUGAGUUUAACAGUACCUGAUGGAUGGCACAAGCGGGAACCGAACCUGCAACCCUCAAGUUGCUGGCACGGCCACUCUACCAACCGAGCUAUGCCGCCCCACAAAACAGUUUGGAUAAUGAAGAUGAAGUCUAAUAAACAAGCUUUGUUCUUCUACAACACCACCUAGUGUUUCAGUACUGUCCAACAAAAUAAAAACAAGAGUUAUACCUCUCACAUCAAAUAAACAAUCUUUUGUCACAGUUAUUUGGUGUUGAACCCCAAGAUGCAGAGACGGAGGCAGGCAUAUAAUAUGAAGAUAUUAUUUAAUAUAAAUGAUAGAACAAGAACAAACAAAAAGCGUGGGCGGAAUAACAAACUAAGGGAGCUAGCACUGGAAGCUAGAAAACAAAAAAGAACUUUAGCAUGGAAGCUAGAGGAUAGCAAACAGAAAAACUGGGAAUAACUAAUGGCUUUCCGCUACGACGACCAGGACAAAAUGUAGCACGACAGGUAAUAGCUGAAAAGAAUUAGAGACACGACAAGAGCAACAUAUGGUAACGACAAGUCCGAAUGACAAUACAAAACAAUGAUCCAGCACUAACUGGAGGAACAAAGCAGGUGAAAUAAGAGCUGGCCGAUUGACAUCAGGUGUGACCAGAUGCCAAUCAGCCGCAGCUGAGUGAAGACAGGACACAGGGAGACCAACAGGAAGCUGAACCAAAAUAAGAGCACUAGACAGGAACUAAGGACAGGAAAUACUAAACACAGAGGAAACAGACAAAUGCAGAGGAAAAAACUAAAACAUAGACAAACUGUCAGGGGAAAGCCUGACAUCUUUACAGCCUGCGUUAAAUUUGAUGAGAUGACAAAACAGUUUAGCCAGUACUGAUAUUUCAACACUGAUACAGUUUGCAGUUAAAUAAAGGAGUGAACAUACCAGUAGACAACGUUUUGGGACAACGUUCACGACACAUCGUCUGCUACAAAACAUCAAAUAGUUUUCUCCUUCGCUGAGUACUUUCAGUAUGAGGACAAGUGUCUCCAAUAUUGUCCACACCUGUCUCCAU